CUCACACCGGCACAGAAGUCAAGGUCAGGUUUGACAGGCAUAGGCCUGCUUCGUCUGUUCAAGAAGUCUGUAUAGCUCCGCAAGAUCUUAGGUGCUACCGACUAACAGGGCCGGGCGAAAACAACGAUAAACAAGUCAGGUAAUUCAAUCGAUCUAAUCAUCGAACGAACCUCAGCAGCUCUUGCCCCUUUUUAGUCGUAUGCUUCAUUUGCAUGUCUUCAUCAAUUGAACACAAACACCUCUAUCAUAUUAUCUCUGACCCCCAGUCGCUCUUUACCCUGCAUUAUCAAAUUGAGGAAAAGGCUGUUUCGGCCGCCUCAACUCUGACAUACGAUCACUUUAAUUAAGACUUCGAAUAUUGCUUUACCAAGGCUGUAUCUUCUAUUGAUAAUUAUCAUUAUAAAAUAAAUACUGGGUCUUCGAUUUCAUAGUCCUGUCUUCGACUAUUCUCAUGAGUCCAUCAUUUGCUGGCUAUCUCCAGCCAUUAGGAUCGAAUGGAUAUAACGCUCCUGUGCCAUCACCCCCUCAAGUUACUGGUCAUUUUAAUUCAGCGUCUUCAGAGGAUAAGGAGAAUAUUCCAUCGCAACCCACCUUUCGCGCGAGAGAUUGGCAGGAAAAGCGAAAUAACCUUCAAGAAGCCGGUUUUGCCACUUUGAAAAUUGAAACUUUGGUGCCCUCAAAUAUUGGAAGGAAGAAAAAGGACAUAGCAAAUGUUAAGAGGAAGCCUGUAUCAUCCGUCUAUGAGGAAGGAAAGAAUGGUGGCGUUACCAGCGUUAGCUCAAGUAAUCCCUUGAAUGCGGCCACCUUUUCUUCGGCCAUCAAUUCCUCUACCCCAUCUUUAUUGACUGUUGCUCCUCAGAAUCAAUUGGAAAUGAUUCAGUUAACUGAUUCUGCCGUAUUUCCUCGCCAAGUGGUGCCAAGUUAUUCGCCCAUUAACAAUGAUAUGCCUUUUGUAGCUCCUCUUCCUGAUUCAUGCUCUGAAACGACACUCACCUCCAUUCUAAAUGCGUGUGUAUUCUCAUCUGACGACGAGUUUUCUGAAGAAAAUAUCCCGGCCAGGGAUGCAUUGCCUGGAGGCUUGGGUUCUGGGUUGGUAAAUGAGUCAAUCCAAUCUUUGGACGCUAUGAUUGAACAGCAGUACCAAGAAUCCGGAGUGACUCGAGAGUCCCACAACUCGUUCGACACCGAGGCCAAUAACUCUGACCGAAGCAAGGAGCUGGAUUCCCCUAAGGAGAAGGCGAAAAGGAAUAAACAUCAUUCCAAAAUCUGCUCAAACCGGUCAUACAAUUCUUCUAUUCUCGCAAGAAGAAGCAGUCUCAAGUCAUCUAUGUAUACUGGAAUCGAGUUCAACCAGGAAGCCGCUUCGCCAACCAACGAAAACACUGAAGGAAAUGGGUGUUAUACGACCGAAAGUGACACUUGCUCGAAUAACAAGACGGUCUUGUUUGCUACUCCAGCCUAUCAAUUUGACUAUUUUCAGUGGUCCCGAAAACAGCCACUAAAGAUGAAUGAAAUUCUUAAAGGCGAUGAAACGGUGACAGACCAUCAGUCAUAUCCAACUACUAGUGACGAUGACGUCUAUUACGCUGCUUUAACAAGUGAGAAGAGGUCCGCGAUGAUCCAUGAGAUUACGACUCAACUAGCUACCAAGCUAACUUCAGAUGGCGCCAACACCAACGUUAACAUGGCGGAACCUUUUAACCCUCCCUGCCAUUCGUCUAUCCAAGCUCUCAACCCCGAAAAUUCCUCUCCUAUGUCUAGCUUCUACGCAAGUAACCAUCAUACCGCCUCAGCUGCCACUGUUCCUCCGUCUCACCACCAGAGCGCUAUCCGCAGAAAUUUUGACGGACGUAGUCUAGCUGUGAGGUACGCACAGCGACAUCCUUUCUUGCUUGAAGGCGAUAACGUACCUCACGAUGACGAUGACUCUUCGAGUGCUGAUAUCCGACCCUCCGCCAACUCGAAUAGCGAUGUGGAGAAUGGGAGGCCACACAAGAGGACUAAGGAGCGAUGGUUGUCGGUAUGUCUUGUGAUGGGGUUUGUCAUGCCCUUGGCUUGGGUUGUGGGCGGAUGGUUCAUAUCGGGAGUUGAUAAAGAGACGGAAAAACAGCUGGUUGGAAGAGCGGCUUUGGAGCUUGAUGACGACCCGAGUUCCCAGCAAAGCGAUUUAAAUGGUCCUCAUACGGAUGAUGUCCCCCGAAACAAUCGCAACAGUCACAACAAUGAGAGCAUUGAUUCCCAAGCGACUCGAUUGGGCCCAUCUGACGAACCUGAAUUGGAUUUAUGGACACCCCGGAUUAACUUGACAACCAGUGCUGCCAAUGUGACGGCGUCCUUUCCGGCUCAAUAUCGACCGUUUACGUCGAUGCCAAACCUUUUUAUGCCUAGCCCUCCCACGGCCAUCACUCGGAACUCAAUCUCAAGCCCGAAUCUUCUUGGCCUGUACGAACCCCCCCAACCACCCAUGCCCGUCUCGGAAAGCGGCACGUUGGAAUCCAGUAUUUUGCCGGUGCCUGUCCACUCCUUUACGUCCAAAGAUAUGUCGGCCACUCCUUCUCCUACUCCCACCCUAGUCAAUCUAUCUCCCACCAAUUUCACUCGUCACUGGAACCCUAAUUACGGGCAUCGACCUACUCCAUACCCCGUUACCUUAUCUGGGUCCAACUUGACAUGUGUCCCUGCCGGUCCGGGACACCCUGUGCUCCCCUCUCACUAUCUUUAUCAUCUCUCAGUGAACGACCCUGCAUCGUCAAAAUUGGCGCCUCCGGCACCAACUGGAAGGCCCAGUUUUGUAUCAAACCCCGCCUGGCUUUUGGACCGUUGUGCCAGCAUGCGCACCGAAUAUCCUAAUGGCAAAAACACUGCAAGAUUCUGGAAAAAUUCUCUAGCGCGAAAGAAAAUGAGAGCUUGGCUGCCCGGAGCUCAUCCUCAUCCGCUGGUCAGAGCGAAUCGAUGGAUGAUGGCGUUUGCCUUUCUGUUGGGCUGCCUUACUGCUAUUUGCUUUAUGCUGGUGGGAAUCAAAUCGAAGAUGAAUCAGGCGAGGGUGGGUUAGCAGAACCUUGAGCAUAAAGGGGGUUGGGGAAGUGAUGGAGGGAUUGUGUAAUGCGGUGUGUAAGACGUGAUUAUGGUUGGUGGAUAUGGGUAUAAGGAUUCGACAUUACGCUUCAGCAUUGUUCGUUUGGUAUACAAGUAUUUCUGAUAGCUGUUUAUAGCGAACUAUGACAUAACGGACUAUAUAAUCGUAUUCAUAGGGUAUUCACCUUAUAGCUUACGAUGGACAUGUAAUAACCCU